AUGGCGAUUUGCAUCACAUUUGGAACACAUGAAUUCACCUCGAUGCUCGAAGGGUACGAGAAUGUCAGAGCAUAUUGUUACAACUGCCAACACUGGAACGGACACUGUAUAACUCGGUGGCCGUGGUUUACCGUUUGCUUCAUUCCCUGUAUCCCUCUCGCAACGCACAAGUACAAGGAAGUAACGUGCUACACGUGUCGAUUUACUCAAGACCUGCGCGAUCGACCUGAUAUCACGCCCAAUACAAGACCUCCGCAAGGCAUACCGCCAGGUCCUGCACCACCGCCACAGGCAUACUAUGCUGCUGGCGCUGCUGGCGCUGCUGGCGGCGGGUAUCCGCAGCAGGGCUACCCACCCCAGGGACCGGGGCAGGGACAACCCCAGGCACCACCGCCGCAGAAUUACAGCUAUAAAUGA